AUGGUAAAUGAUGAAGAGGUAGUUGAUAUGCAUAAGAUGAUCUGUAAACCAUUUAAGGAGACGGGAUACUGUGGAUAUGGAGAGUCAUGCAAGUAUUUGCAUAUUAGAGAUUCUGAGAUUGAGAUGAAGCAUUCUGGAGUUGAUGUGGAUGUGUGUGGGAUAUGUAAGGAACGAUUUGAUGAGAAGGUUGUUGCAGAAUGUGGACAUUGUUUUUGCUCGAUGUGUGUGAUGAAGAAGUAUCGGUACGAGGAUGUGUGUGUAGUGUGUGGAAGACGUACAUAUGGAAGAUUCUGGAUUGGCUAG